AUGCACGUCAAUGGGUGUAUGAGCAGCAAUAUCUCGGACGUUUUCCCCUCUCUUCCUUUUCAAGAUUCGACCAGUAACUCAGUGACUAGUCCAGUUUUGAAUGUCAAUCGACAGAACCCCACCAACUUAGAUGCCAUUUCUCAACUUAAAUUUCUUGGCCUCAAUCUGGUGCAAAACGGAUCCGGUGGUAAUGCAGGUAUGCUUUUCAACGAGGACCGAUCACGUACAAAUUUAAUUAUCAACUACCUACCUCAAAGUUAUGACCAGAAUGAUCUGCAGCGUCUCUUCGAACGAGUUGGACCUAUUAGGCAAUGCAAACUCAUCAGAGACAAGAACACGGGUGCUAGCUUGUGUUAUGGCUUUGUGGACUUCGUGAACCCUCAACAUGCAUCCUUGGCCAUACAGACAUAUCACGGUUACGAAACUGAGCAAAAGCGAUUGCGUGUAGCAUACGCCAGUUCUGGUGGUCGGCGAUUCACUCCAGGGCAUCGCCUUCAAACAAUUUCCAAUGGGACCUAUAUUCCUGAUUCUAUGCCUGCGGAAGUUACCAAUGAGAAUAUUAUUGGCUGGGAAAUUAUAGUUGCUGGAAUACCUGUAGAAUGGGCUGAAUCGGACUUGCUUCGUUUGUUUUCUAACUUUGGGGCUGUUGUUGUGAUUAAGCUGUUGGCCCACCAAACCCCUGAUUCUCCCCCAGGUCAAAAACCGCGCCUCAGCCCAACUUUAAAUGGUACGUCAAGCGACUUGAGCGCAGAAUCGUUAGAUGGCAGGCACACUUCGAGUGCAACUGUCAUAUUCCAAGAAAAGAAUAGUGCCGAAAAUGCUGUUCUGCGUUUAAACGGUUAUCAGGCCCCAGAGUGGACCUCACCUCUUAGACUAAGACUGAUCGGCUCAGUAACGAGAGAGACGUACGGCCUCUUUUAUUUUUCUUCACGACAAUCGCCAUUUGCAUUCGGUCGGGCAUCCAGUGGCCACGGUAUUGGAGAUCCUUUAGUUGAAUCGGACAUACUUACAAAUGUGCUGAAUAGACGAGCUCUUAACACACCAAACUGUGCUGUUCAUGGAAACACACAAACUCAGUACAUGAUGGAGGCGAAGAACUCUGAAGUUUCUUUACCAGCAGCAGCGGAUAGCAAUAGUGGUCUUCAGUUGCAGUCAAACCCACUGUUCAGUAUCCCUCCUCGAGCAAUCAUACGGAACAAAGUGAGUGACCUCAACGCGUCAAUAUUCGGUCGUGAUAUUCUCUCACAAGCUGGUUCGCUAGACAACCUGGACUUUCUUGAUGGUCAUCAAAAUGCUAACUCACCAAAUCUGAUGAGGGGAGCUGAUCGCUGUCCAUCUAGAGAUGUAUCAAUAAUCAACACACUAAACUCCCAGCGUGUGACCGACAAUGACCAGCCGAAGUUAGAACAAUCUUUAAGGGGCUUGGCCAGUAGUCAAAGUCAUUCUGCAUGGCCAUUUACUCAGCAUCGAUCAACUGCACUUCCCGAGUCAGGACGGUCUAACGAAUUGAGCCACAGUACUCAGGCUCCUGGAGGUCCUAUUUUGUCGGGUCUGUUGGCACAACGGGGUUGUCAGGCAAACAUAUGGCUUAAGCUGGAGAACAUCCAGCCAACUGGAUCAUUCAAAAUUCGUGGCGUUGAGAAUCUAGUUCGCAAGUGGGCAGCUGCCGGUGUAAGUCAUAUUGUUUGCCCAACUACUGGAAAUGCGGGUAUUGCUGCAUCUUUUGCCGCUCAUGCGUACAGACUUAACUGUACACUUGUAGUGCCUGAAGUCUACGAAUCGACCAUUAGACGGCGCUUAGCAUUGGAAGCUCAGGACGCUAAGGUUGUUGUGGGAGGUAACACUUUCCUAGAGGCUAAUCAUCGCGCUGAACAACUGGUAAAUGACUUACAGUCUUCACACAAUGAUUCCACUGUUCGUCUUCUUCAUCCUUAUGAUCAUCCUGAACUAUGGGAAGGUUACGAAGCCAUUGUCGACGAGAUCCCACCUGAGGUCGGUCAACCGAAUGCAAUAGUCCUUGCUGUUGGUGGUGGUGGGUUGCUAUCAGGCAUUAUACAGGGCUUGUGGAGAAGAGGAUGGUCUUCAACCCAGAUCAUAACUGCAGAAACUGAAGGAGCUGAUUGCUUAAAUCGAUCUUUGAAAUCUGGUCAGCUAGCAGUCAUACCACGAAGUUCAACAAUCGCUACUUCCAUCAACGCCCCGGUUCUGGCACAGCACGCUUUGAACUUGGCCCAGUGCCAUCCUGUCACCGCGGUAACCUGUACGGAUACAGAGGCUGUCGAUGGUGUGAAGCGUCUUUUAGAUGAUCAUGGCAUGCUUGUUGACCCAGCUUGUGGAGCCGCUCUCUCAACUGUAUACUCGGGUUACUUAUCACGUCUACAGCACGAGGGGUGUCUAUCACGUCCCUCCAAUAUUGUCAUAAUUAUUGGUGGAGGACGAAACGUUUCUCUUCGCCAGUUAAUUGAAUGGGAAAACCAAUUCGCCUCAUUCGCUCCAGAACAAAUUGCUGCAUCUGUUUUGCCGCCUAUAUCCAACUCUUACAUUACUCAUCUGACAUGCUCAGAGAUUUCCAAACCUACAAGUAUAAUCCACCAUACAUCGGUAGCCGACCAUGAGGAAUGCAAGACAGGGAUGCAAGGGCCAAGUACGCCUCGAUCUGUUUGCACCAUUUUAAGCAGGGGUGUGAUUUCUAGGCCUGAUUUGGACCAGCAGACAUCUGGUUGCAAUGGUGGAGAAAUCGAAAACAGUUCGGAAUGCUGCACCAGCACUUUGAAUCCACACGAUCUGGUGAAUUUUUCCAAGCUUCUAGCUUCAUCUGAAGCUGAGGGUGAAGAAGGUAGUCUUCACGAAUAA